UCAAAUGUACAAAAGAAACAUGAAAUUUGUUGCGACGUUUUAUUUAUAUAAUGAAUGUGCAUGUGUUCAAUGCGAAAUAUGUAUUUCAUAAUGCCUAUUUUUUUAAACAAUUAUUCCACAAUAUAAUAGUUGAAUAGAAUAAUUGAAUCUUAAUAUAUGAUGACGCAUUAUUGAAAGUUAUUAUUUAUUAAGCGUCAAAUUUAUCAUACAGUAUAUAGCAAAAGUAUUACUACAUAUUACAGUUAUUUUGAAAUAAUUACAUCUAAUAGUAUUAUAAGUGAAUUGAAAAAUAUAUGUAAUUUAAAUUUACACUUAUUAAUGAUACUGUCACAGAAAAGGCUAUUAGAAAUAAGAAUAUUAGGUAAAAAUACUAGCUAACGGAACAGAAUAUCUUGAGGGAAAUGUAUUUAAAAAUACGAUAAAAAAUAGAGAUAGCCGCGGGCAAUUGUGUGAGAGUGUCGUUGCUGGAAUGCCACGACAAAGAAUUUUUUUGACAUUAUAUUCCGAAGCGAGAUUAAAAUUAUCAACGACUGCCACAAGUUGAAGUUUUCUUUAACGAAUUAAAAUAGGUUACAACACAUUUGUUUCUUCACAAUUGCAAUUAAAAAUGAAUUUACAACAGGAUGUCCAUCAUACAGGAACAGAAAUUGAAUUAUUCAAUAAAAAUAUAUUGGAACGAUUAACAUUACCACAUGUUGAAGGUUUGCUGUUACGACCUCUUAGAUCUACUGAUUAUGACAAAGGAUUUUUAGAACUUUUGGCACAAUUAACAGAAGUAGGAAAAGUAAAUAAAGAACAAUUUCUAAGCAAGUUCCAAAGUAUGAAAAAUGCCGGGAUUUAUUAUAUCAUUGUUAUAGAAGAUACACAUAGUACUAAGGUAAUUGGAAGUGCAACUUUGAUAUCAGAGCAAAAAUUUAUUCAUAACUGUGCAUUGCGUGGACGUUUGGAAGAUGUGGUUGUGAAUAAUAAUUAUAGAGGUAAACAUUUGGGUAAAUUACUUGUUAAUGUUAUUUUGCAACUGGCCCGUUAUUUACACUGUUAUAAAAUAUCUUUGGAUUGCCGAGAUAAUCUCAUACCAUUCUAUGAAAGUUUAGGUUUUAAAAGAGAACCGAAUAAUGCGAAUAAUCUUAAUAUGAGAUUCUCAAAUGAAAGUACUACUGAGCAAUCUCAUUUGUGAAUAAAGUACUUAAUUAUUAUCGUUUUAUUUUAAAUAAAAUGUUAAUAUUUUGAUCUUUUGUUAAUUAUCGUAUUUAUCAUAUAAAUAUUAAACUGUUAUAAAUGAAAAUCUACGAAUCAUAUAAAUUGUAAUUUUAUUAUUAUAUCGUAUCUAUGGAAUUAAGUUUUUAUGUAAUAGAAAGAUAUAUGGUAUAUUAAAAUAUUAAUAAAUACAACAUACACAUAACAGUUGGAUAUGUUUAUAGUAUAUCGAAUAUAAAUACUAAAUCCAAAAAAAUGAUUCGAUUAUUAUACUAUAUUUUCAUGAAUUUUAUAUGACUUAAAAAGAGUAUAUUGGUUAUAUAUCUAAUAUAUUAAGCAAAGUCCAUACAUACACACACACACACACGAUGUUACGAAGCUUUGGGAAAUUACUUUAGCAGUCGAUUCUGCAUAUAAAAACAAUAAAAAAAGUUCAUAUAAACAUAUGUUCUAUUUGACUUUGUUUUCGACUUAUAGCGAAUUUUAUAUUGGAAUAAUUCUAUUGAAAGAUGGAAGUAGUUUAACUACUAAUUUCACCUACCUAUUUACGAAUACAACUCAAUAUCUGGCGUUGAACCAAUGGAUUAUUACUUGUUAGAUUAUUUGAAAUCUGUCAUGUACAGAUCACCCAUUGACAGUGCUGAAAUACUUCGUUAGAGAAUUGAAUAAAGUUUUUAGAAAAUUUUAAAACCUGGAUAUCUGAAGAAACGAAGAGGUUAAAAUAAUCAGUAGUAAAAUGUCUCCAAAUUUGUAUUCAGAUGCAAGGAGGGGCCAUUUUUACACCUUUUGUCAAGGUAAACGGAUAGAGUAUAUCAAAGAAACUCGAUAUAACAGGAAAACAAGGUCAAAUAGGAUAUACAUUUAUAUGAAGUUUCUUUUAUCGUUUCCACGUGAAAAUUUCAUUGAUUCAGAAAUUUCCUGAAGCUAUGGAAUACUUUGGUAAAGUUACUAUUGAAAAUAAUUAUAGAUAUAGUUAGAGACUAUUAGAUACGCAAGUGCAGUAAGUGUAUGUCCACACAAAUCACAUACAAGUCAUAGAUGUAAUUUAAUAAAUAAUAUAAAUUGA